GCCGCGGGCCAGGCGGGCGCCCGGGCGGUGGGCCAGGCAGGCCGCGGGCCAGGCGGCAGCGCCGGCGAAGAGCCGCCGCCUCGCGCGGCCCAGUGUCCCCACGACCCCGGCAAAGGCAGCGGCCCCAGCGGUGAAGGCGCGCGGCGGCCGCUCCGACCGCCUGGCGGCCGCAACCAGAG